AUGACAAUUCAAACCGCCACUACCUCCAAGUCAGCCGCGGAGUCCUGGUCGAAGCAUGCCCGUCCAAUUCUAGGGGGGCUAUUGGGUUCAACCGGGACAUAUACGACUUCAGAGCAAGCUUCCCAUCUCCAAUUCUUCGAUGAGCACGUUGCAGGCUGUCUUGGACCAGAGCCUGUAGAGUCAAAGGUUAAGUACCUCGCAAGCCCAGACUUAGCCGGGACGCGCUUCGAAGUCAGCCUCAACUUGUCAACCCGGGGCAAGGCGAAAGUACGGUACAACUUUGACCUCAUGAGAGAUGGAGCUGGACCAGACCCGUUCGGCGAGAACAAUGCACGUGAAAUGCUACACCGUUUGUGCACUGCUACAGGUGCUGAUACCAAGUUGAUGGACCACCUUAUGGAAGCUCUCUUCCUGUCGCAAUCCGAGACAGAAACCUUGCGGAAUAAAAUUGAGGCGUCGUUGCACAUCCCGCCAGCCAUCAUCGCCUUUGAGCUUGAAGGAUCCCAACAAAUCCUCAAAGCGUACUUCGGAGUUAUCAGGAAAACCGUCACGGGAAAGUCGCCAGUGGAUAUCACAAUGAACGCGCUUCGUGACAUUGAACCCUUAGGAUAUGACUUAUCAUACAACUUGGAUCUUCUUCAGGAAUAUCUAACCACCUGUCAAGGCAAGGUCAACCCUAUUAUGGUAGGAAUUGACUGUCUAGACCCAAAGAUUCACCAAGGUAGUCGUGUGAAGGUGUAUGUACACACUCAGAGCAAAACUUUCGAGGCGGUUCGAGAUGUCGUCACCCUUGGUGGGCGCCUAAGCGAUGAGUCUACACUCAAGAAGGUAGACCUUUUGCGAUCCGUCUGGCACUUGCUACUAGGCGAACCCGACGGUGUCCCAGACAACGAGAUAGACACGUGGUCAAAAAAGGAGCGUGCUCCUGGUACGUGUUUCUCAGGCCUCUUUUUUAGCAUUGACCUGGCGGCCGGGAAGAGAAUGCCCGAUAUCAAGACAUAUGUGCCCACGUUUCAGUAUGCCGAAGAUACGGACACGGCGUUCAGGAACACCAAUGCCGCCUUGAAGACACUGGGUCAUGAGUGGGGGCAGACGGGUCGCUUUUACGAAGUAACCAAUUCUGUUCUUGGACAACAGAAGGCCCAUGGGCAGAGCUGCCUGUGCUUCUCAUAUACCGAAUCUAAGGGCGUGUACCUAACGUCGUACUUUGGCAUGCCCAUAUUCAACAGUGGGAAGGCUUCUGAAUACGGGACUGAUUCGGACGCUUAUAAAAUCUUGGACUAG